AGACCCAGAUAUACAAAAGAAAGGAAAAUUGGAAACCAGAGAGAUGGGGGUGCAGGAAAGUGGGAAUGGAGUUGGGGACAAGCACAAGUACAGGAGGAUGGAUUUUGACGCUGCAGAGGACGUUUUUUUGUUGUCAAGUAAUGCUCAAUGCCAAGAGGAUGUUUUCAAGAGGAGAAGAGAUGUGCAGAAAUUUGUUUUUGCCUGUGCCGUUUUUGCCUCUCUCAAUUCUGUGCUUAUGGGUUAUGAUAUGGGUGUUAUGAGUGGAGCAAUUUUGUUCAUUGAACAAGAUCUCCAGAUAUCAGAGGUACAACAAGAAGUUCUUGUUGGAAUUUUAGCCAUAAUUUCGCUUCUUGGUAGCUUAGUUGGAGGCAAAACAUCAGAUGCCAUUGGUCGAAAGUGGACUAUAGCAUUAGCAGCCAUUGUUUUUCAGACAGGGGCAGCUAUAAUGACUUUUGCCCCUUCCUUUGAAAUUCUAAUGAUAGGCAGGCUCUUGGCUGGAAUAGGGAUAGGCUUUGGGGUCAUGAUUGCACCAGUGUACAUAGCAGAGAUAUCACCUACUGUUGCCAGAGGAUACCUUACCUCCUUUCCUGAAAUUUUUAUAAAUUUCGGAAUCCUUCUAGGAUAUGUUUCAAACUAUGCCUUUUCAGGACUUCCAGUGCAUAUAAAUUGGAGGGUGAUGCUUGGUGUGGGAAUACUUCCCUCAGUGUUCAUGGGUUUUGCACUGUUUGUGAUUCCUGAAUCCCCAAGGUGGUUGGUGAUGCAAAAUAGGGUUGAAGAAGCUAGAAAAGUGCUGUCAAAGACAAAUGAAAAUGAAAGUGAAGUGGAGCAAAGAUUGGCAGAGAUACGAAUGGCUGCUGGGUUUGCUAAUGCGGAGAAAUAUGAAACAAAAGCUGUUUGGCAUGAAAUAUUAUAUCCUUCUCCUGCAGUUCGACAGAUGCUUAUUACUGGUUGUGGAAUCCAGUUUUUCCAACAAGUUACAGGUAUUGAUGCUACAGUGUAUUAUAGCCCCACAAUCUUUAUGGAUGCUGGAAUCAAGGACAACACUCAGAUUCUUGCUGCAACUGUUGCUGUUGGUUUUACUAAAACCAUAUUCAUUUUGGUAGCUACAUUUCUCAUUGACAGGUUGGGCAGAAGACCUUUGCUUUUUGUAAGCACAGUUGGGAUGACGAUCAGCUUACUUGUUUUGAGUCUGUCGUUAUCUUUUACUGGGGAUGGAAAGCUUGGAAUUGGGUUGGCAAUUUUAUCAGUUUGUGCAAAUGUAGCUUUCUUCUCUAUAGGACUCGGCCCUAUUUGUUGGGUUGUGUCAUCUGAAAUCUUCCCUCUAAGGCUUCGAGCACAGGCAUCUGCUCUUGGGGCAGUAGGAAGUAGAGUUAGUAGUGGUGUGGUUUCUAUGUCUUUCCUCUCAGUAUCUCGUGUAAUCACAGUAGGAGGAACUUUCUUCAUCUUUUCAGUGAUUUCAGCUAUUUCUGCUCUUUUUGUCCAUACAUGUAUUCCAGAAACAAAAGGCAAGUCUUUGGAGCAAAUUGAAAUGAUGUUUCAAAACGAGGGAGAGUGGCAAAGAGGGGAGGUUGAAUUGGGAAAUUUAGAAAGACUGGUGCAAAAGUAAUGAGCAGGUAGUGUUCUUUGAGGGUGCUUGUUAUUAUAGACCAAUUCAAGUGAUGGGUGAUUUUCACACAUCUUGUGAAUGCUAUACACUUCAAAAUCAUUAAACAUUCUUUGGAAAAUUGCAAGUGUUCCAUGAAUGGUAGUUGUACGCUGACAGAACAAGAAGCCUUUGGCAAAAGAAGCUUGAAAUCAUGGCAGCUUGAUGUGCAUAUUUGAUCCAUUUUUAUCUGGUUUCUUGAUUGUGGAGAUUGAGCAUGUAUUUGGUUGAUUAAUUCAUUUAGAUUUGUAGGGAUAAGUUACCUAGUCUGCUGCUCCUACACGUGCAAUUAUGCAAAUGUCCAGAAAAGAUGUUGGUCUAACAUCCACCUCAGGAAGACAACUGGAGAAGAUAAAUCUUUACAACAGUGGAUUGUUGAACUCAACAGCUGUAACUCUUGAGACAAUAUAUAUUCAUCAUUUUUCAAACAGGAUA